AUGGAUAAAGAUCAAUUUGCUGCUUUCAUGCAGAUGCAACACAACUUAGUUACACAGGUAAUGCAAAUGGCGGCACAGGGGCAGAACACGGUGCAAGGUGCUGCCAACACAAGUGCCACUACUACUGCUUUAUUACCAAAUUUUGAACCGUUUGACUCUUCCAAAGAGUCAUUCAGGAAUUACAUCCAAAGGUUCAAAAAUUAUACGGAAAUGAAAGCAAUUUCUACAAACAACGAGUACUGUGCCAAACUGUUGUUAAAUUCAAUAGGAGCAAAGCUUUUUAAUAUGGUAAGCGCUUUAGCAGCACCAAAGGCACUAAAUGAGGUUCAGUACGGAGAGUUACUGCAACUGUUGGAGACACAUCUCUCUCCAAAAAAGAAUGUGCUGGUGACACAACACCAAUUUUUGUCGAAAUACCAAUCGGAAGGACAGUCCAUUGCCGAAUUCGUGGCAGCAUUGCGAGCCGAAAUCGGGGAUUGCGAAUUUGUGUCGGCAUGUAAAUGCAAAGCAUCAGUAGCGGACAUAUUUUUACGGGCCCAAUUUAUACGGGGAAUUUAUGAUAACAACAUGCGGGAACAACUUCUACAAUCAGGAUCGAGCCAAUUUGAGGAUGUUGUGGCAAAGGCGAUUGCUAUUGAGGCGGCUAAAGCUGAUUCAAAAGAAAUGACGAUGAGAUCGAGUACAACAACAACUAUAAAUCAAGUUUUCAAACGUAAAAAUCAUAAAUACAACAAUAAAGCUGGGCAAUCGUCGAAAGCACAACAACCACAAGGUAAAAUUGAUUACAAAAAAUUGGGCAUAGAUGGCUUAUGUUUGCGGUGUGGUAGAAGUAAUCAUUUCGCUAAAGACUGCCACACAGAUAAGGACAAAUUAAAGUGUACCGGGUGCAACAGAAAAGGUCACAUCGUUAAGGUCUGUAUUGCUACGUUGAGUAAGUCAUCAAAUGGGAGAACCCCACAAAAGAAGUAUUCAACAAACCAAAUACAUCAGGAUGAAGAUUAUGGCGUUUAUAAGGUAAUCGACGUUUACCAAAACAACAACAAUUCUACAAAUGCUGAACGAUACUAUACAGACAUCGAUAUAGAAGGUAAAAUGGUAAAGUUCGAAGUGGACUCUGGGUCAGGUUUUACAUUUUUGCCCAGGGGUCAAUUUAACAAGCUACAAUUGGACACACCAGUGGUUCCCACCAAUAUUGCGUUUCGUUCGUAUACUCAAACAACAUUUAUACCUGACGGGAAAAUAAAAGUAAAAGCAAGAUACAACAACUCAACUAUAUUCGAUGAUAUUUACAUUGUUCCAGAUGGCUGUUCAGCAUUAGUGGGUCGCUCGUGGAUCAGACGGUUAAACAUAAAUUUAAAUGACCUGGACAACAAUAGUAAAACAACAAAUACAGCUGAUAUUAAUCAGGUAAGCGUUAUCGAUGAAAUUAUACAUGAAUUUUCUGAGGUAUUCCAAGAAAAAAUUGGUUGUACACGACAAUACAAAGUUUCGUUACAAUUACGUGAAGGUGUCAAACCAAUUUAUAACAAGGAAAGACAAAUCCCAUAUUCCUUAACGGAACGAGUUGAAAAGGAACUAGAUGUGUUGGAACAAGCUGGGAUUAUAUCCAAAACAACGAAUAGCGAUUGGGGUCGCCCCUGGUAG